AUGGAUUACAUUACCUCGAGCCUACUUGUGCCUGUAUUGGGCUGCUGGCCUGGCCACCUUCCAAGGUUUGUAGUAGUAGGCUGGAGGAGCAUGAUGGGAGUAUCCAGGUUGGCGGGUGUGGAUCAAGUGGCUCAUGACUAUGUUCGGGAUGUCGAACUGUCCUUCGACGAGUGGACCGCCGUCUGGGAAUUUCUGACGAAGGUCGGCCAAAUUUCAGACGAUGUAAGGCACGAGAUGGUGCUCCUGUCUGACAUUGUGGGAAUUUCGGCCCUGGUGGACGCGAUCUCAUAUCCGCAUAAGCCUGGUGCCACCGAGUCGUCCGUACUCGGACCCUUCCAUGAUGAAGUGGGCCAACUGGUCGAAAAUGGCUCAGUCAUUGUGAAAGACGACACUUUUGGCGAAGCAACGCUCGUGAGGGGCCAGGUUCGCUCGAUCGACGGCACUCCUGUGAAGAGGGCCUUGAUUGAUGUUUGGGAAACGGACGGCCAUGGAGUCUAUGACCUCGAAUACGCAGAGAAGGAAGGACCAGAUUGCCGAGGCAAGUUCUAUACCGACGAGGAGGGGAAGUAUGCCUUUACUUGUGUCAAACCAAUCCCUUAUCCCAUCUCCAACGAUGGGCCGGUGGGAGAGUUGCUGCGUACAUUGAACCGACACUGGUUCCGGCCGGCUCACAUGCACUUCAUGAUCCUCCAUCCAGAGUACAACAAACUCAUCACGGCGCUGUACACUAGAGACAGCAAAUACAUUGAAAGUGAUACUGUGUUUGGAGUCAAAUCUAGCCUCUUGGUUGAUUACAUAUUUACUGAAGACGCCGAGCUGGCACGACGCUACGGACUGAAGACAUUCAAGCAAACUGUCGUCGGCUCAGAAAAGGAAGGAUUCUGGUUGCUGGAGUUUGACUUUGUUCUCACAGAGAAGGAGGAACCCCCUCCAAGGAAGACGCAUGACUGA